UGUCAUGGCUGCGCAGUUCUGAAUUCUGCGCAGUAUACCUGCGCACUGAAAACGGUUAUCGUUAACAAUGGAAAAUGAAAACCCGGUUAUCUAUGGCUUGGAAUUUCCAGCCCGAGCUUUAGCAGCUCAGAAUGCAGAAACCGACGUAGUAAGAUUCAUUGUCGGUACUCAGUCAUUGAAAUUACCCGACAACCAAAUCCACCUAGUAGAAUUCAAUGACGAGACAAACAAGCUUAAAACCCAAAUUUACAACCAUGAAAUCGGAGAAAUUUGGUCACUGGAGGCGUCACCGACGGACCCGAGUCUAUUUAUUACUUCUUACAACAGCAUAAAUGACCAGGGUAUGUGCGUAAUGAAAGGUGCCCUCUGGAAGCUGCCAGACGAGCAAAAUUUCACCAACGACAUAGAAAGUCUCAACAAAGUUGCAGAUAUUGACACAACUGUUCACGGAAAUGAUUUAAAGACAGUAAUUUACCACCCUAUGGAAGGUUCCAAGGCGGUGGCAGUUGUUGACAAUCAUUUUGUUCUCUGGGAUUUAAAUGGUACUCCUCAGCAUUCAACUAUUGGGACCCUGGCGACAAAAGGACAGCCACGUUUUACGACUGGCAAAUGGAAUCCUCACAAUGGUUGUAACCAAUUUGUGACUCUUAACGACAAUAAUGUUCGGGGCUGGGAUUUUAGGACGCCCAGUGAAGAAGCUUGGACAAUUUUAAACGCUCAUUCACAAAUAGUUAGAGACUUGGACUUCAAUGUGAACAAACAGUACAUCUUGUCGACUUGCGGAGACGAUGGAUACAUGAAAUUCUGGGAUAUAAGAAGCACUAACGAACCGAUUAUUGCUAGAAUGGAACACUCGCACUGGGUUUGGAAUAUUAGGAUCAAUAAAUUUCAUGAUCAGCUGGUGUUGACCUCCAGCAGUGAUUCCAGGGUUAUUUUGUCAAGCAUUCCUUCGGUUUCCUCGGAACCUUUUGGUCCGGUUCAUGAUGAAGAUUCUAUUGAUGAAUCAGUUAAUAGAAAUAAAGUUGACGACGGUGUAAUAGGAAAAUUUGAAGAGCACGAAGACAGCGUCUACGCAGUAGAAUGGUCUUCAGCAGAUCCCUGGACAUUUGCUUCCCUAAGCUACGACGGGCGACUUGUAAUUAACAAAGUCCCAAGAAAAUAUAAAUAUAAAAUAUUGUUAUAGGUAUUGAUCAAAAUAAAUUUUUUAUCUUCUAUAAAUUACUC